GCCAUCUUCAACUUCCUAUUGUUUGCAUCAGACGGAGGCUGUCUGCGGUGUGUGUGAGAGCAGAGGCGGCCACGGAUUUAUCGUUAAAUAGUAGAUAUAGUAUUUACGUUCGCGGUCGCUCAAGUUCAGCACAAACCAUUUGUAUGCCAUUGGCCUAAAGAGCUCUCAGGACGCGACCACUAAACCUUGAUGAUGGAGGACGAUCAACCCAGAACCUUGUAUGUGGGGAAUCUGUCCAGGGAUGUCACCGAGCCCCUCAUCCUCCAGGUGUUCACGCAGAUAGGACCCUGCAAGAGCUGUAAAAUGAUAGUUGACACGGCUGGAAAUGAUCCAUACUGCUUUGUGGAGUUCUAUGACCACAGGCAUGCUGCUGCCUCAUUGGCAGCCAUGAAUGGAAGGAAAAUAAUGGGUAAGGAGGUCAAAGUCAACUGGGCCACGACGCCAACCAGCCAGAAAAAAGACACAAGUAAUCACUUUCAUGUCUUUGUUGGAGACCUCAGCCCAGAAAUAACCACAGAAGACGUCAAAGCUGCCUUCGGUCCGUUUGGCAGGAUAUCAGAUGCUCGUGUGGUGAAAGACAUGGCUACAGGGAAAUCUAAAGGCUAUGGCUUUGUGUCUUUCUUCAAUAAAUGGGACGCAGAAAACGCCAUUCAGCACAUGGGGGGUCAGUGGUUAGGAGGCAGACAGAUUCGAACUAAUUGGGCCACAAGAAAGCCCCCCGCCCCAAAGACUACCUAUGAAAAUAACUCCAAGCACCUAUCCUUUGAUGAAGUAGUGAGUCAGUCCAGCCCCAGUAACUGCACCGUGUAUUGUGGUGGAGUCAGCACAGGACUGACAGAGCAACUGAUGAGACAGACCUUCUCCCCCUUUGGACAAAUCAUGGAAGUCAGAGUUUUUCCAGACAAAGGCUAUUCAUUUGUGAGGUUUAACUCCCAUGAGUCAGCAGCCCAUGCCAUUGUGUCAGUGAAUGGCUCUUCAAUAGAAGGCCACAUAGUGAAAUGCUACUGGGGUAAAGAGACCCCAGACAUGAUGAACUCGAUGCAGCAGAUGUCUAUGCCCCAGCAGAACAAGAUGGGCUUCGCUGCGGCCCAGCCCUAUGGCCAGUGGGGCCAGUGGUACGGCAAUGGGCCCCAGAUCAGCCAGUAUGUCCCGAAUGGGUGGCAGGUCCCCACCUACGGCGUCUACGGCCAGGCUUGGAACCAGCAGGGCUUCAAGUAAGUAGCACGGUGUGCACAGGGCUCCCCUUCACCGCCUCCUCCUACUCCAGCACCACCAGGGUCCCCCCUUCAAGACCGGGGCAGCGAGAGCCAGCUCUGGCCACAGGAUGGAGCCAUGGCCUCCCUCCCCCCCAACCCCACCUCCUCCCUGCUCCCCUCGCCAGCCCCUCACCUUGCUCAUCUUUGAGAAGAUUGAGAAAUAAGCAUAGACCCACACAGAACAAUCGGAACUUUAAUUUUGUUGUUAGUCAUGUUUCAGUGUGUCACCACUGCUCACUGUGCACAGCACAUCCUAGUACCUGAAGGCUUUUGUUCCAGAAUGUUUUGUCACUUGAAUUAUAGUCCGUAAUAACUCAACGCAAUGAAUGUAAAAAAUACUUUCUCAAACUUUCUAAAAAUCAAAAUUUUGAAUUCAUUAAGGUUAAAGAUAAUUGACUAAAUACACUGAACACAAAAAGUAGUAAAUGCUCAGAACAAAGUUUUCACUUUCUGUCCACCCAGGGAAUUUGCUGAUGAAGAAUUAAUUUCCUUUUGUGCAAGAUUGCUGACUGUGUGUAAGGACUGUCUUUAAGGCUGUUCAGUUGUUCUGUAUGUCUUCAUUCAUGUCAUAGCUUUUUACAUCUUUUUUUUUGUGUUUGUUUUCAUUGAUUUAUUUUUUACUGAUGAUGAUUGAUCUGUACAUGAAUGUCAGCAGGACAUGUUAAAUAUCAUUUGUAGGUUCUCAGAUUUUGGUUUUAUUCAGACAGCCUAUAUGCAGUGAUGUUGUGUGCACCCAAGAACAAUAAAGAGGUCUUAUGUUGCC